UUUAGCCUGCUGAACCUCCACCAGGUUGCUGUUGCUAAGGACUCGUCUGAAGGAAGUUGAUAUGUGUCCGGGACUGGAUUUUUUUUUAAGAACGGAGUUUAGCUCUUUAACUAAUGAGGGCUCACCUGCAGGUGACGGUAGUGCACUCGUAUGGGGUGCAAGCUGCCGUUUAACAUUAAAGACGAAGAAGCCACGUGUGACUCCGCCGGAUUCAACCCGAUUCACACGUGUCUCCCCCACUUUCCAUCAGACCUCGCUUCAUUGCAACAUUUGCCAUACACACACCACUACACCCAUACAUACACACACUCAUCAAACCAAAAGCACUUUUAAGAGCUACAUAUUGUCUGUCCCUCUCUCUCUCUCUCUCUCUCUCUCUCUCUCUCUCUCUCUCUCUGUGUGUGUCUGUGUCUUUGUCUGUCUGUUCCUUUUGUGUAGUGUUAAUUCUGUUUGUGUUUGUAUUGUAUCAUAUGGUUUUGUGUUGUCUGUUUUUAUAUUUGUGUUGUCUGUUUCUGUGAGCCAUGUCUUGCAAUUCUGGUGCAAGGGUCUUUGAAGAUCCAGGAGAGGCUAGGUUGCACAUGGCAUCAUUGAUUAGCGAUGCAUUUGUCCAAGAGGCCAGGUUUCAUCUCAAACUCUGCAAACAUGUGGGAAGCCAUGGCCAAAGACAAUCCUGCUGCUCCUCCCAAAAAAAAGAAAAAAAGCAGGAAGAGAUCCCUCCCCUAUUCAGCUGUCAAAAACAGAUGUGGGAAACGUCGGCUAACACAAUCAGCUGGACAAGCCAGAGGAAGGCACCCUGUUCAUGAGGACAGCCAUCAGAUCGAAGAUCAGGAGUUAACAAGCCUUGAAACACGUCUUCAAGAGUUAAGGGAUACUCUUGUGGAAGUCCCGAUCCCAGAAACGACAAAUGUGGUUUCUGCCUGGGAACAGAGGCAGCUUCUCACUAAUGCAAAAAUGAAAAUAGCUAGGACGACACUUUUGGAUUCAAAACUCUCUGCUGAGAGACUAAUCACCCAGAAAUGCCACAGAUGCUCUGCUCAGGAAGCUGUUGUGAGGUGCCUGGACUGCGUACCACUAGACAUGGAGUUCCUUUGCGCAAAGUGUGAUGUGGAAGCCCACAAGAGGAACAUCUUCCAUGACAGGGAAGCACUCAUCCACGGGUUUCUUGAGCCCAUUCCCCCAACAACUGCUGUGGUGAUGGAUGACAGUGGCCAACCUCAGUUUUGUGAACAAGGAAAGCAUGAUGUCUGCUUGCCACAGAAAUCCUGCCCAUCCUGCUCUGCAGAAUGGACACCCGAUGUUAAAGACCUCCUUAGAUAUCGGUACUGGCCAGCCACAAGCAACUGCCAGACAUUGUACAAAUUUGAUGUGUUCAGUACAUUUGAGCACAUGAAGUUGACUGCACCAGCCAUGUCGAGGCAGGCCUUUCUUAAAAUGUUGGAGCACAGAUCUGCACAAGCUGGAAGGUGGAAAGACCUGGCCUCCAUCCUGGCAGCCAGCAUGAUUCCUAAUCCCAGCCAACCUGCCUGCAGCCAUGAAGCAAUGGAGCACACAUCGUUUUGUUCUGUUCAUUAAUAUAUAUAUUUUUUUAUUAAAAGUUUUUAGGUCAUGUACAUGGUGUUUAUUUGGUUAUUGUUGAAACUUUACUCAGUACAUCUAUUAAGGUCAAGUGCAACUUUGAGGUGGAAUACUUAUAUUUUAAAUAAGUUCUCAGUACUUUGUCCAAUAGUGAUUAAAUA